AUGGUCAGAGCUAUUAAGAUGAGUAGAAACCUCUACCCCACUGUUCCGAUGCAGCUGGCACAUAGUCUAAACCACUUUGAUGAUAAUCCAGAUUUAGCAGCUGAGCGAGCAAUGUGCCACUGGUGUCGAUUUCAAUCAUGGUCUUCAUACCAGCUAUUCCCAGUUUCAAUCAUCAAUAUGGAAUCCGAUGAGAUAAUUGACGAUAAUUUUGAGUUUAUUGAGAAGAAUAUCGUCCGAAAUGGAGUCGAGCUAGCUGAUGAAGAGUUUCAGGCCGGCUGUACUUGUGAGACAUCCUUCGAUUGUCUCAAGGCAGGCUGCCAUUGUUUAGAUGAUAUCGAAACAUCUGACGUUGAAGACGAAAACUAUAGCAUCAACGCCUACCAUGUUGUAGGCCGGCGGAAGGGUUGCUUACGAGGGGAGAUGCUAAGCUCCAGGAUGCCCAUUUACGAAUGCAAUCGACAAUGCGGCUGUCCUGAUGAUUGUCCAAAUAAAGUUGUGUCCAGAGGCCGACAACUGCCACUGCAGAUCUUCCGGACCGUAAAUCGUGGUCUCCGCUCAACCGAAGAUAUCAAGCAAGGUCAGUUCGUAGGUAAUUAUGUUGGCGAACUAAUUACAUCGGAUGAGGCAAAUUGGCGUCGUGCUCAGUCAACUAAGUCGCAAAAAAAAGACGUCUAUCUCUUCGCACUCGACAAGUUUACCGAUCCCAAUUCUAGUGAUGAGCGCCUACGCGGUGAGCCCUAUGAAAUUGAUGGCGAGUAUUUUGCUGGGCCUACACGUUUUAUUAACCACUCCUGCGAUCCGAACUUGAGGAUUUUUGCUGUGGUUCGUGACCUCGCCAACAAGCCGUUUCAUGAUUUAUGCUUCUUCGCACUCCGAGAGAUUCCUCGCUUCACCGAAUUAACAUUUGACUAUGCCGGCGGGGUAAGAGGCGAAGAUAAGGAUCUUGAUCAGAAGGAAGAGGGAAUGACGAGAUGUCUUUGCGGCGCAAAUAACUGUCGGAACUGGCUUUGGUAG